CCGACCUCUGGCCCAGGGCAGCCGCCCACACCCCCCUGCCCCUCUCCUCCUCCCCCGCCCCUUCCUCCUCCCCCGCGGACCGGACCUGAGAAGCCACUGUGGCCGCUGGGGGGGGCCCUUCCCCCCAAGCUUUUGCCCGCCUCCCCCAGGAGUCCACAGGGCAACCAGGAUGCUGUCCCCUCACUGCCCCCCCGGCCCCACCCAACUCCCCCCGCUACCCGAGCACCCAGUCUGACUGGAGACAGCCGGAUGCCGGCUGACCCAGGGCCCGAGGCGGGCGGUGGCUGGCCAGGCUUCCUCAUGUCCUGCCUGAAGGGCCCCCAUGUCAUCCUCAAGAUGGAGGCCAUGAAGAUGGUCCACCCUGAGAAGUUCCCUGAGCUGCAGGCGGCCGCCCCCUGCUUCCCACCUGCGCCCCGGCCCGCCCCGGCUCUGGCACCCAAGCGAGCCUGGCCCUCAGACACAGAGAUCAUCGUCAACCAGGCCUGUGGGGGGGACAUGCCCGUCCUGGAAGGGGCGCCCUGCACCCCGCCUCUGCCACGGCGGCCCCGCAAGGGCAGCGGUGAGCUGGGCUUCCCCCGGGUGGCGCCGGCGGACGAGGUCAUCGUGAACCAGUACGUGAUCCGACCCGGCCCUGCGGCCCCGGGGGCCCCUGCGGCAGCGGUGGCCGCAGCUGCGGGAGAGCCUCUGGAGUGCCCGACGUGCGGGCACACGUACAACGCCACGCAGAGGCGGCCCCGCGUGCUGUCCUGCCUGCACUCUGUGUGUGAGCAGUGCCUGCAGAUUCUCUACGAGUCCUGCCCCAAGUACAAGUUCAUCUCCUGUCCCACCUGCCGCCGUGAGACUGUGCUCUUCACUGACUACGGCCUGGCUGCGCUGGCCAUCAACACGUCCAUCCUGAGCCGCCUGCCGCCUGAGGCACUGACCGCCCCGUCGGGUGGCCAGUGGGGUGGCGAGCCCGAGGGCAGCUGCUACCAGACCUUCCGGCAGUACUGCGGGGCUGCGUGCACGUGCCACGCGCGGAACCCGCUGUCUGCCUGCUCCAUCAUGUAGCGCCCGCCCGCCCGCCCGCCCGCCGGUCCCUGCUCACUGCUGCUUCGGGGAUCUGGCCCUGCCCUGCUGCCCGCUAACCCCUGCCCACCACAGCUUCUGGCCCCUCCCGUGUGGCACUGUCGCUGCAGCCAACUGCCAUUAAAACUCUUCGCCAAAGCC